GCCGCAGAUUCGCCUCGGUGCCCGCCGCAGUCUUCGGCGUUGGACUAGCAGGUCCUUGCUACUGGAGAGGAGCAGGCGUUCAGGAAGCGGGCUUUACCCUCGCGCCGCCGCCCCGCUCGGCCCGUUCUUCGGUCGUCUCCUGCGGCAAGUGAAUCUGAUGCCGGAACUCAAGGAUCCAGUGACUCGGCAGGAGAAAAUGGCGACCGUGUGGGACGAGGCCGAGCAAGAUGGAAUCGGGGAGGAGGUGCUCAAAAUGUCCACGGAGGAGAUCAUUCAGCGCACACGGCUGCUGGACAGUGAGAUCAAGAUCAUGAAGAGCGAGGUGCUGCGAGUCACACACGAGCUGCAGGCCAUGAAAGACAAGAUCAAGGAGAACAGUGAGAAGAUCAAAGUGAACAAGACCCUGCCGUACCUGGUCUCCAACGUCAUCGAGCUGCUAGAUGUUGAUCCCAAUGACCAAGAAGAGGAUGGUGCCAAUAUCGACCUGGACUCCCAGAGGAAGGGCAAGUGUGCAGUGAUCAAAACCUCUACCCGGCAGACAUACUUCCUGCCUGUGAUUGGGUUGGUGGAUGCCGAAAAACUGAAGCCCGGAGACCUGGUGGGUGUGAACAAAGACUCCUAUCUAAUCCUGGAGACCCUGCCCACCGAGUAUGACUCAAGAGUGAAGGCCAUGGAGGUGGACGAGCGGCCCACAGAGCAGUACAGUGACAUCGGGGGGCUGGACAAACAGAUCCAGGAGCUGGUGGAGGCCAUCGUCCUGCCAAUGAACCACAAGGAGAAGUUUGAGAACUUGGGGAUCCAGCCUCCAAAGGGGGUGCUGAUGUACGGGCCCCCUGGCACCGGGAAGACGCUGCUGGCCAGGGCGUGCGCUGCACAGACUAAGGCCACCUUCCUCAAGCUCGCUGGCCCCCAGCUGGUGCAGAUGUUCAUCGGGGACGGCGCCAAGCUGGUGCGGGAUGCCUUUGCGCUGGCCAAGGAGAAGGCGCCGUCCAUCAUCUUCAUCGACGAGCUGGACGCCAUCGGCACCAAGCGCUUUGACAGUGAGAAGGCCGGGGACCGGGAGGUGCAGAGGACGAUGCUGGAGCUCCUGAACCAGUUAGAUGGCUUCCAGCCCAACACUCAAGUCAAGGUUAUUGCAGCCACCAACCGGGUGGACAUCCUGGACCCCGCCCUGCUGCGCUCGGGGCGCCUGGACCGCAAGAUUGAGUUCCCGAUGCCCAAUGAGGAGGCCCGGGCCAGGAUCAUGCAGAUCCACUCUCGCAAGAUGAACGUCAGUCCCGAUGUGAACUAUGAGGAGCUGGCCCGCUGCACGGACGACUUCAAUGGGGCCCAGUGCAAGGCCGUCUGUGUGGAGGCGGGUAUGAUCGCGCUGCGCAGGGGCGCCACGGAGCUCACCCACGAGGACUACAUGGAGGGCAUCUUGGAGGUGCAGGCCAAGAAGAAAGCCAACCUGCAGUACUACGCCUAGACCAAGUAAUAAAGAUGGCUUCCGGUCCCCA